ACCUUCUCGAAUACUCUUUAAGCGAAGCGCGUAAUAAAAUAAUAAUAAUAAUAAUAAUAAUAAUAAUAANNNNGUAAACGUUCCUUAUAGUUUCUUCUACUCUGCCUUUUCUUCUCAACAUGAGCACCGCCAACAACAACCACCAAAACGAUCAAUCUGCAGCAUCGUCUUCAUCAUCUCCAUCUGUACCGAAGUGGGAGACGCACAUAAUGGGGAAGCCAGCAGUGCCAAGUAGCCACCCAGACAACAAGAAAGCAGCAGUGGAGGGUGCACCAAGUGAAGAGCCUGGAGUUCAGUAUUACCAUCAGCAGCAUCCAUAUGUUCAACAUAGCCCCCUUGACAAGCCUCCAAGUACCAGCCCCAUGGAAUCCAUCCUCAACAUGUUCGAUUCUUGGAGUAAGAAGGCUGAACUUGCUGCCAACAACAUCUGGCACAACCUCAGAACAAGUCCAUCAGUAUCCUCGGCUGCACUGGGGAAGAUGAACCUGACGGUGAAAGCAAUAUCGGAAGGUGGAUUUGAGUCACUGUACAAGCAGACGUUCACAACAUAUCCAAAUGAGAAGCUUAAGAAAACCUUUGCUUGUUACCUCUCAACAUCAACAGGCCCUGUUGCUGGAACACUUUACCUCUCAGAUGUUCAUGUCGCCUUUUGCAGCGAUCGCCCUUUGUCUUUCACUGCACCCUCUGGCCAGCAAACUUGGAGCUACUACAAGGUAAUGGUGCCUUUGGGGAAGAUUGGAGCAGCGAACCCAGUGAUCAUGAGGGAGAACCCAUCAGAGAAGUACAUUCAGAUUGUUACUGUGGAUGGACAUGAUUUUUGGUUCAUGGGUUUUGUUAAUUUUGACAAGGCAAAUAAGCAUCUUUCAGAAGCUUUGUCAAAUUUUACUGUGCCAGGAAUAGCGGUUCCACCCACCAGUUCCAGUUCCUGAGCACCGAUUUCCAUUUCAUCGCUGCAUGAAAUCUGUUUUCCCUGUGCGAGUUGUGUUCAUUAAUGUAUUUUCUUGCAGCUAUUAAUGUUGGAUUUAUAUAUACUAGAUGAAUUGUUUCCAGACCCAGACCAAAGCGAGAUUUAAGGCCAACUUUUAAUUUGUGGAUGCUAGGUUUUUCUGUUUAUGUUUUAGAAGAUCUAUUAUGUUGGUCAUAUGGAUCUA